CUCUGAGCACGUUGGGUAACGCUCCCUCUCUGAGAGUACGCAGCCCACCGUCGUGCAGGUGUUUUGCAUAGCAGAGCUCGUCGCCUUUGCCUCAACAGUGUGCCAGACACGACCUGAAGUCAUGGCUGACCAGGUGUCCAUCAUGUGUGAGCAGCUCGUCAAAGCUGUGCAUGUGAUGAUGGAUGCAGAAACGGGACAGAUUUACCGACUCGAGGCCCUAAAGUUUUGUGAGGAGUUUAAAGAGACGAGCUCCUUCUGUGUCCCAUGUGGAUUACGAUUAGCCGACAAAGCCCAGCCAGCUGUAGUGAGACACUUUGGUUUGCAAAUCCUGGAGCACGUCAUCAAGUUUCGAUGGAACACCAUGCAACAACAAGAGAAAGUCCAGCUGAAGGAGUGUGCCAUGCAGCUGUUGUCAACCGGUACUCUUGCUAUCCUGGAGGAGGAAAGCCACAUCAAAGAUGUUCUGUCACGAAUUACUGUGGAAAUGAUAAAGAGGGAAUGGCCUCAACAUUGGCCAGAUAUGCUGAAAGAGAUGGAGGCUCUCACUAGCCAUGGGGAGGCACAGACAGAGCUAGUGAUGUUGAUCCUGUUGAGGCUGGCGGAGGAUGUGAUCACCUUCCAGACGUUGCCCAACCAGCGACGCAGAGACAUCCAGCAGACACUCACCCUAAACAUGGAAAGCAUCGUCAGCUUCAUGAUGGCCAUUCUGCAUGUUAAUGUCGAGGACUACCGUAAACUGAAUGGGUCACCCGGACAUGAACUACAGGCCAGAGCUCACUGUCGAGUCGCGGGGGCUACGCUGAAUACACUAGCAGGCUACAUAGACUGGGUGUCUCUGGUGCACAUCACCACCGGAAACUGUCAUCUACUGGAGAUGUUGUGCUUGCUGCUGAGUGAACCGGAGCUGCAGCUGGAAGCAGCCGAGUGUCUGCUCAUCGCUAUCAGCCGGAAGGGCAAGCUGGAGGAUAGAAAGCCAUUCAUGCUGCUGUUUGAUGAUGUGGCCAUCCACUACAUCCUUUCUGCUGCCCAGUCAGCAGAUGGACUGGCAAUAUGUGAGACCUCCGCUGAAUCAAAAGCAGUGGAGGUGGUGGACCGGCGUUACAUCUUCCUGAAGAGGCUGUGUCAGGUCCUAUGUGCCCUGGGAGGCCAACUCUGCUCAUUAGUGGGUUCAGAUGUAGAGGUCAAGGUACCUGCAAAUCUCAGCAAGUACACAGAAGCGUUUUUAGCCUUCACUACACAUUCCAGUCAGUUUUUAAAGUCCUCCACUCUGCCCACUUGGGGAGCUUUGUUCCGACAUGAGACUCUGUCGAAGGACGCGGUAGUUGUUGAGAUGGCCAUCAAAUACCUCAGAGCGUCUAUGACCAACCUCGUCAAGGUGAGACACUGAUGUCAUACUGGAUUUCCAUCUAGAAACGAUAACCCAAGUUGCAGGUUCCGUGCUGACUUUGACAGUGAUGAGGACUUCAAUUCGUUCUUUAAUUCUUUUCGAGCACAGCAGGGAGAGGUCUUGAGGAUUGCAUGUCGUAUUGUCCCUCUGGAGGCGUUCCAGAUAGCAGCAGAAUGGCUACAAUAUCAGAUCGCGAGCCCUAUUGAUACCGGGAUACAGCGUGUAAGUGUUUCUAAGACUGUUGAGGGCCUGUGCUCCCUCUUGUCUCCAUCAGUGGUCCAGUGGGAUGCAAUGACCGUCUUCAUGGAGUGUGUGGUCACACAGAUUUUUAAAAAUGUGGAGGAGGAGAGGUUGCCUAUAGAUCAGAGCAUGGAGCUGCUGCAGGCCGUGCUGAACUACAACACCAAAGACCCGCUCAUCUUGUCCUGUGUGCUCACCAAUGUGUCUGCCCUCUUCCCAUUUGAAACAAAGCCGCACUUCCUGCCACAGAUUCUCGACAAGCUGUUUAAUGCGAUAACAUUUGAGGUUGGUCAGGAAAGUACGGCACCUCGGAGCCGAGCUGUAAAGAACGUGAGGAGGCACGCCUGUUCUUCAAUCAUCAAAAUAUGCCGGGAUUACCCACAGUACAUCCUGCCUUGUUUUGACUUGUUUACAGUCACGUCAAGAAGUUGUUCUCAAGCGACGGCCACGCUCACUCACAUGGAGAAAUGUUCGCUGAUGGAAGCCCUGGUGCUCAUCAGUAACCAGUUCAAAGACUUUGCAAAGCAGAAGGCUUUUCUAGAUGAACUGAUGGCUUCAGUGGUUGCAGACUGGACCUCGGAUGAGAUGAGGCAGGUGCUGUGUGACCCCGCUGUGUUCCUGUCCUUUGUUGGUGCUGAUCAGGUGGUCAAUGAGCAAAGUCGAGAUGCAGACAAAGCAGGCCAUAAUAGGGGCCGGCUGGGUUUCUGCUUGUAUGCCAUGUUGGGGGUGGUGAAGCGGGCCCGCUGGCCCGCAGAUCUGGAGGAAGCCAAGGCCGGUGGCUUUGUGAUGGGCUACACCGCUGCUGGAGCUCCCAUCUACAGAAACCCGUACACUGCCCAGUUUCUGGUCCUGCUCCCCAACCUGCUGGCUCUAAUCAGAACUAACAACAGUCUGUUCAUGCCGGAGAACAUGGCUCGUCUGAGUGAGUCUUUCUCCAGGGCCCAUGAAGUGAUGGAUUCAGACAAAAAUGUUGUUCUUGGUCUCUCUCAGCAUAUCCUGGAUAUCCAUGACUCUCCUGUGACUAGAACCAACCUGGAGCGAAUGCAGGGUUUUUUCUCCACAUUGUAUGACAACUGCUUUCAUGUCCUGGGAAAUGCAGGUCUGGCCUUACAGCAGGAAUUCUACACCAUUGAGAGCUUGAGUGAAGAAAUAGCUGGUUCUGCUUUUCUCUCCCUCGACAAUGUGCCUGACCACAGACUUCGUCCUAUGAUUCGGGUGUUCCUGAGGCAGUUGGUGCUAGCAUGUCCUCAGGAGUACUACAACAGUCUCCUCUGCCCCCUGCUGGGACCUCUGUUCGCCUACAUGCAGCAGAGACUCAACGCCAAGUGGCAGGUCAUCAACCAGAGGAGCUCUGUCAACGAUGAGGAGGAGGAGGCGCUGUGUCAGGAGAGCCAGGUGACGCAAGAGAUCUUGGAGGAGCAGCUGGUACGCCUGCUCAGCAGGGAGGUCCUGGAUCUUCUCGCUGUAAGCUGUAUUUCAAAAAAACUGCCUGAACCAGCAGCAAAUAAGGAGGAAAUAGAUGAGGACGACAUGAUGGAUUCAGUGCAGGCGGCGUCUCCUGCCCAGCCCACAGAGGAGCUGACUGAGCUGGGAAAAUGCCUGUUAAAGCACGAGAACAUCUACAUGACCCUGUUGACCCUCUCCUUCACCUCUCUGUCAUGGAAGGACACCACUAACUGUCACCGCACUGCUUCAAUGGUCUGCUGGACGCUUCUGCGGCAGGUCGUUGGGGGUAAUCUUCUUCGUGAGGCGGUCACAUGGUUCUUUACCAGUGUCCUUAGAGGCCUUCAGAUUCAUGGGCAGCAUGAGGUCUGCAACUCUACCCUCUCUCAGCUGGCAAUGCUCAUCUAUGAAAACCUGCGGCCUCGAUACGUAGAGCUGAGAGCGGUGAUGACCCAGAUUCCAAACAUCAGUGUGGAGACGCUGGACCAGUACGAUCACAGGCUCAUAGACCCCAAUGCCCAGAAGCUUGGAGAAAAGAAGAGGAAAGACCAGUUCAAGAGACUCAUUGCAGGAACAGUUGGGAAAGCUCUGUGUCAGCAGUUCAGGAAGGAGGUUCAUAUUCGAAAUCUUCCAUUGCUCUUUAAACAGCCCAAGCCAGAAAAAGAUGUACAGAGCAGUGAAGCAUUGGGCCUGGAAGCUCUCUUCUCCCCGGAGAAUAAGACCCUGUAGAAGCACAUGGAGGUUCUAACGGACUUCCUUCUGACUGAAGACCAUUGUGUGUACAAACCAGGGCUUCUCUCCAGCUGGAGCGGCAAGACUCUACCGAACAUGACUGUCAACUCUCUGUUUUUCAAAAGGUCAUCUUUUAUUUCCACCCUCGUUGUGCCACAGCAGCAGUCACACUCAUAAGUUAUAUCCUUUGUGCAGGCUAGUAUCACACAGUAGAUCCUUUUUUUUUUUUAAAUCAUAUUGCACACUUCUUCUCCAUUCUCGCAUAUCAAUGAGAGGUAUUUGAGCUAUGGAAAUUUGUAGUAAACAUUUCAGAUUAUGAAUGGCCUGUUUCUGUGUUAGAUUGUGUUAAGAGACAAUCUUAAAAUAUCAGACGAGCCAGUGAUAUUUGCUCUGCAGCAGAAACUUUAUUGAGCCACAAAACCAUCAAGAAAGGGACCAAACUGUUCUGUUUCACGUUGGGUCCGUUUCCUUUUAAGGGCAAUAUUUGCUCAAUGCCUAGUACCAUGCACACAUUAUGUCAGAUAUAUGGGACGAGAAAAUCUAAUUGAGCUUCAAGGUGUGGUUUGAUGAACAGCAUAGUAACGGGCAUCUAAUGGUAUCCAAAAAAGCAAAGUUUGGAAAAAGUGUGUGUGGUGUGUGUGUGUGUGUGUGUACUGUUGGUCUGUGGAAACCUUUUGUACUGGUAAAAUCUUAAUUUCAGAGGUCAGUAUUGUGUGUUUUGUGACCAAGCUGCCGCUCUUGAGGCUGUUAUAUUUCGCGUCAAGAAGAACAAAAAAAUCUUCAUACUCUUUUUUUUUUUUUUUUUUUUUGCCGUGAUUUCCUUUAACUGGACAAGCUUGAAUGCCGUCUCUGAUGCUAAAGAUAACUCAGGUGCGACGUUCCCUAAGAUGGGGGUGAAGAUGCUUUAUGGAAACAUACCCAAGAAAGUAAUUAUGCGUUGAAUUGUGAUUUCAAGAUUGGUUAUUGUAGCUGCAGAUAAUGAACAAGUGUACUCGUUUGCAGACAUCACACAGUAGUUGGUUUAGGCAACGGUGGUUUGCAUUUUAUCAGUUCCUCAUAUCGGCACAAUUUUCACAGCCCAAGUAGUGUUUUGAAUUGCUUAUUUAAUGCAUCGCACAUCUCAUACUACAAAUACCACAUAUUGUGCCAAAACAAUCAUACUUUGAUGCAAAACCUAAUAAGAUAUAACUUUAAUUAAGUUUAUUUAAGGGUGGACUUGCAUGUGAAAACAUACUUGGCAAUAAAAGGGUCUGAUUCUGA